AUGAGGGAAAAUAACCAGUCUUCUACACUUGAAUUCAUCCUCCUGGGAGUUACCGGUCAGCAGGAACAGGAAGAUUUCUUCUUUAUCCUCUUCCUGUUCAUUUACCCCACCACAUUGAUUGCAAACCUGCUCAUCAUCCUAGCCAUUUGCUCUGAUGCUCGUCUUCACAGCCCCAUGUAUUUUUUUCUUGCCAACCUCUCCUUGGUUGACAUCUUCUUCUCAUCUGUAACCAUCCCUAAGAUGCUGGCCAACCAUCUCUUGGGCAGCAAAUCGAUCUCUUUUGGGGGAUGCCUAAUGCAGAUGUAUUUCAUGAUAGCUUUGGGGAACACAGACAGCUAUAUUUUGGCUGCCAUGGCAUAUGAUCGAGCUGUGGCCAUCAGCCGUCCACUUCACUACACAGCAAUUAUGAGUCCACGGUCUUGUGUCCUCCUAGUUGUUGGGUCUUGGGUGAUUGGAAAUGCCAACGCUGUCUUCCACACUCUCCUCACAGCUAGUUUGUCCUUCUGUGGAAACCAGGAAGUGGCCAAUUUCUACUGUGACAUUACCCCCUUGCUAAAGCUGUCCUGUUCUGACAUCCACUUUAAUGUGAAGAUGAUGUACUUAGGGGUUGGUGUUUUCUCUCUGCCGUUACUAUGCAUCAUUGUCUCCUAUGUUCAGGUCUUCUCCACAGUCUUCCGGGUUCCUUCCACCAAGGGCGUGGUCAAGACCUUCUCCACCUGUGGUUCCCACCUCACAGUUGUCUGUUUGUAUUAUGGUACCGUCAUGGGCAUGUAUUUCCGCCCUUUGAGCAAUUACAGCCUAAAAGAUGCGGUGGUAACUGUAAUGUACAUGGCAGUGACCCCAGUGUUAAAUCCUUUCAUCUAUAGUCUGAGAAAUCGGGACAUGAAGGCUGCCCUGUGGAAACUCUUCAGCAAGAGAAUUUCCUCAAAACCAAUGUGA